AUGUCUACUACCACUAUGGAAGGCACAAUACAGACCCCAGAUAUCGUAAAAGUCAUUCAAUCUUCACCAGCUCCACUCGCCUACAGAAUUGAGGCCUUCACACAAAGCGAACUUCUCAACCAGCCCUUCCUUCCCGAACUCCGGGAUGUCAUCAACGCCAGCUAUUAUGAUACCUGUGAUAGUCAUUUCGAAAAGACGGCACCCCGGAUCAGAAGCGACACCCAACUUGCCGAUGAACUUCAGGAAACUGGUUUUACAGCAAUUGCAUUCGCUGAAAAUGCGAUCAUCGGUACUGCAAGCUUGAAAGUUUGGUCGCCAGAUUCCGAUGGCGCCGUGUGGAAAUUACCGGGCCAUUUUCAACAAUUCAGUGCAGAUGAGAUUUUCUCCGGGAGCUUAACGGUGGUGGAUAGCCUUCAUGAUGAAUCCCAAAAUGUGCCCUGCGAGGGAGGAUUCGAAAUUGUAGCUGUCGCGAUCACGCCAGAUCCUCGAUAUAGGAAGAAAGGCAUUGCGGAAAGCCUGGUCAAGGCGUGUGAAACGGAAAUGAAGAAGAAAAUGUCUCACGUGGGCUGUACUGAACCGGCUCGGUCGUGCAUCAUGCUCAAGUCUAUCCGCGAGAUCCAAGGUUCUUAUUGGCUGAAAAGGGGGUUCCGCGUCGUGGGGGAACAAUAUUGUCCUCCUUUUACCUGGGCUUAUAACAAAGGCUUUGUUCUUUGGGCUAUGGAAAGAGAAUUAUCUGUUUGA